AUGGGGUUCAGAGAUGUAGACCGCCACACGUUCUACGCUGGCGAACCACAACCUUCGGCAGAGUCCUCGGGUAGUUAUGAAACCAUCGACCCAUCCAACGGCAAGCCAAUCUGCAAGAUACACAAUUCGUCAACAAAAUCAGUCGAUGCCGCCAUUCAAUCGGCACAAGCCGCCUUCCCCGCCUGGUCCGGCACGCCGCCCAUAGAACGCGCGCGCAUCUUACAGAAAGCCGUCGUUCUCUUGCGCGAAUGCAAUGAUGCGCUCGCACGCGUGGAAACCUUCGAUACCGGGAAACCGUUCUCGGAGACGUCCACCGUAGACAUCGUCACCGGCGCCGACGUCCUCGAGUAUUUCGCCAGCCUCGUAGCAAGCGGCGGAUUGAACGGCGAGUCCUUCCGCCUCAGACCCACGGCAUCCGUCUACACGGCCAAAGAACCCCUAGGCGUGUGCGCGGGCAUCGGCGCCUGGAACUACCCCAUUCAAAUCGCGCUCUGGAAAUCCGCGCCGUGUUUGGCCGCGGGUAAUUGCAUGGUGUAUAAGCCGAGCGAGUUCACGCCGCUGCACGCAGAGUACCUCGCGGAUAUAUACAGGAAAGCAGGACUUCCCGAUGGCGUCUUCAAUGUCGUCUACGGUGGCGCCGAUGUCGGAGCUCACCUAACGAAACACCCGAAUAUCGCGAAGGUCAGCUUCACGGGCCAGGUCAGCACGGGGAAGAAAGUCGCGGGCGCUGCGGCCGGCGAGAUGAAGUACGUGACGAUGGAACUCGGUGGCAAGAGCCCGCUCGUUGUCCUACCCGACGCGCAGGUCGAGCAGGCCGUCGACGUUGCGAUGAUGGCGAAUUUCUUUAGCACGGGCCAGGUGUGCACGAAUGGCACGCGCGUGUUUGUUCCCCGCGCGAUGAAGAAGGCGUUUGAAGCGGGGGUGCUGGAGAAGAUCCAAUUCGUUCGCGCGGGGGAUCUGUUCCAUAUGGAUACCAACUUCGGCCCGUUGAGCAGUAAGGCGCAUUACGAGAAGGUGCUUAAGUACGUGCGUCAUGGCGUCGAGACGGAUAAGGCGACGCUGCUGUGUGGUGGGUUGGAGAAGCCGGACGGGUUGUCGGCGGAGUUGAGGGAGGGGUAUUGGGUUCGGCCUACUGUGUUUACGGAUUGUACUGAUGAGAUGAAGAUUGUGAAGGAGGAGAUUUUCGGACCGGUUAUGACGAUUCUGACGUAUGAUACUGUUGAUGAGGCUGUUACGCGCGCUAAUGCGACGGAGUUGGGGCUCGCGGCGGGGGUGGUUGGGCGUGAUAUUGAUCUUUGUCAUGGUGUUAUUUCGAGGCUGGAGGCGGGUAUUACGUGGAUUAAUACUUGGGGCGAGAGCCCGGCUGAGAUGGCCGUUGGGGGGUGGAAGCAGAGCGGUCUUGGCGUGGAAAAUGGGAGGAGGGGGCUUGAGGCGUGGGUUAGGAAUAAGAGUACGUUGGUCGAGAUGGGUGGGAGCGUACCGUCCGUGUUUUCGAAAUUGUAA